AUGGAGGAGCCGGUGGAGGACCCCGGACCUCCGGUUCCGGUUCCGGUGGUUCCGGUUCCGGUGGUUCCGGUUCCGGUGGUUCCGGUGGUUCCGGUUCCGGUGGUGCCGGUUCCGGAGUUACCGGUUACCGGACACCGCUCGAGGCCCCCGUCGGUCACGGACGGUCCGGUAGAGGACCCCGGCCCCUCGUUCCGGUUCCGGUGUCUCCGGUUCCGGUUCCUGUGUCUCCGGUGUCUUCGGUAUCUCCGGUUCCGGUGUCGGUGUCAGUUCCGGUUCCGCUGUCUCCAGUUCCGGUUCCGGUGUCAGUUCCGGUAUCUCCGGUUCCGGUGUCAGUUCCGGUUCCGGUGUCCCCGGUUCCGGUUCCGGUGUCCCCGGUUCCGGUGUCUCCGGUUCCAGUGUCUGUUCCGGUGUCCCCGGUUCCGGUUCCGGUGUCAGUUCCGGUGUCUCCAGUUCCGGUUCCGGUGUCCCCGGUUCCGGUGUCAGUUCCGGUUCCGGUGUCUCCAGUUCCGGUUCCGGUGUCUGUUCCGGUGUCCCCGGUUCCGGUUCCGGUGUCAGUUCCGGUGUCUCCAGUUCCGGUGCCGGUGUCGCCGGUUCCGGUGUCCCCAGUUCCGGUUCCGGUGUCUCCGGUUCCGGUUCCGGUGUCUCCGGUUCCGGUGUCUCCGGUUCCGGUUCCGGUGUCUCCGGUUCCGGUGUCUCCGGUUCCGGUUCCGGUGUCGCCGGUUCCGGUUUCCGGUGUCUCCAGUUCCGGUUCCGGUGUCUCCAGUUCCGGUUCCGGUGUCCCCGGUUCCGGUUCCGGUGUCGCUGCUGUCCCUCCCCCCCGAGCUCCUGCUCCGGAUUGGUUCGUUCCUCAGCGCUCGGUUCCUACGGGAAGUUCUUCCUCACGUGUGCCGGAAGUUCCGGUUCCUCUUCCGGGACUGGGUCACGUGGAGGCUCCGCCUGCUCCGCAGCGCCCGAGGCCGGUUUCCGGUCCUGGAAGACGAGGGCUAUGACUGGUCGGCUGCAUGUGUGGAGCUGGAGGAGCAUCUGCAGCACUGGGAGGGCAAUGGGGCCUCAAUGGAACACUUCUCAUUGGCCGAGGGGCACUUUGCAUCCGUGGACACUGUCCUACUGCUGCAGGGCGGCCGUGUGUGUGUCUCUGGGGCUCGCGACCGUAAUGUCAAUGUAUGGGACCUACAGCAGCUCGGCCGUCCCCAUAGCAACGUCCUGGUGAAGACCCUGGGCACCGAGCGCACCGGGACCCACAAGGGCUGGGUCUGGUGCUUGGCCUCCCAAGGCAGCAGAGUCUGCUCAGGCUCAUGGGACAGCUCAGUCAAACUCUGGGACCUGGAUGCAGAGGGGCAACAAUGUGGGGAGAUCAGGGAGAAAGCUGCUGUCCUGUGCUUGUCCUAUGGCCCCAAUGUCCUCAUCACUGGCACCUUCAAUAGGACCAUAACCAUCUAUGACCUGCGAGUGGGGCAGCCCCAUAUGUGCAGCUAUAGGCCCCAUAGCAGCGCGGUCCUGGCGCUGGUGGCGGAUGAGGAGCUCAUCCUAUCGGGGAGUGAGGACAAGACACUUGUGGUCUAUGAUCGACGCAUGGCCAAGGUCCUACAGCGGAUACAGCUGGAGACCUAUUUGCUGUCCAUGUCCUACAAUGGGGCCGAGCUCUGGGCUGGGGACAACCGAGGUCGUGUCUAUGUCUUUGGGGCCAGAUCCGGAACCUUCCAUCCCAUACAGUACUAUGAUGUGGGUCACCGCCUGCAGAUCACAGGUCUAUGGCACUCACUGGGUUCCCUUUACACCACAUCCACCGACAGGUCCCUGAGGGUCCAUGUCCCCACGGAUCCUCCUCGAACCAUCUGCUCCUGGACACAGGAUGAUGUCCUCAAUGGGCUCAGUGUGGAUGGGGACGUGGUGGCUGCAGCCUCAGGUGGCCUCACUGUGGAGGUCUGGAGGCUGCGGCCUUGAGGCUGCGACCGUCACACUGCCUCCAAUGGGGGACGGGAGAGUCC